UAAACGGCCCAUUGAUGUUGUGAAUUUAAAAGUGUUGCAACUUGUUCGAAUCAGUUUUAUACUUAUUUAAUUAAAAAUUAAAUAUUAAAUUUUAUUUGAGAAUAAAAACUUUACCAAAAUUAGUUCGUAUAAUUGUGCUUUUGUUUACAAGUUUACGAAUUUAAAAAAUUUGUUUAUAACAAUUAUAAUAAUAACUGUGCGAAUUAAAGUCUGUAAAGUGUUUUUCAUUUUUAUUUGGCGAAUUAUUUGAGAAAAUAUGGUUAUUAAAAGCAAGACCGUACUUCGUUGGGUUUUGGAGCAUCAACAUAAAUUAAAACAGGCGAAUCGAUGCUGUCAUAUACGAGCUGCCGUACAAGAACCAUUACCUGUUGUUGAAAAUGAAGUGGAACAUGUUCAAGUACCAAUCAAACAUAAUAAAAAUUUAAGACAUAAAUCAUUUAAACGAAGUCAAAUAUCAUCACUGCAACCACAAGAUAUUGGGCAAAAAACAUUCGUAUCAGAUAUCACAUAUCGAUUCGAUGAAGCCAGAUUAAAUCCACAAAGAUCCUUUAAGUAUAGCGAAUUAGAAGUAACUUUGGCUGGUCCAGAUUUAUUAAAACCAAAACCAGACGUUGGAACUAUUCAAUUUGGUAAAUAUUUCACGGAUCAUAUGCUCAAAAUUUAUUAUCACAAAGCAUUGGGAGGCUGGCAAAAACCUAUUAUUGUACCUUUUGAAAAUAUUGCAUUACAUCCUGCAGCAAAAGUACUUCAUUAUGCAGUCGAGCUAUUUGAAGGUAUGAAAGCAUAUCGGGGUGUUGAUGGUAGAAUCCGAAUGUUCAGACCAUUAUUGAACAUGGAACGAAUGAAUGCAUCAGCAGUUCGAUCUGGUUUGCCCACAUUUGAUUCGAUAGAAUUAGCUAGAUGUAUAGAACGAUUGGUUUCAAUCGACCAAGAAUGGAUUCCAUACAGUGAGGCAUCCAGUUUAUAUAUACGACCGACAUUAAUCGGAAUCGAUGGUUCGCUGGGUGUUGCAUCGUCUGACUCAGCCUUGCUGUAUACAAUUUUAUCACCGGUAGGAUCAUAUUUUACGGGUGAUCGAAAAUCUGUAUCGUUAUUAGCAAAUCCAAGUUAUACACGGGCAUGGCAUGGUGGUUGCGGAGAUCGAAAAUUAGGCUCAAAUUAUGGACCAACGAUACGUGCACAAUCGGAAGCGAAUAGUAAAGGUCGACAACAGCCGUUAUGGUUAUAUGGCGAAGACAAUUUAAUUACUGAAGUUGGUACCAUGAACUUUUUCAUGUUAUUUAUUAACGAAAAUGGAGAAAAAGAAUUAACAACUCCACCAAUUGACGGAUUAAUCUUGCCAGGAAUAACACGACACUCUGUUAUACAAUUAGCAAAAGAAUGGAACGAAUUUAAAGUAACCGAAAAACGUAUCACUAUGGAACAUUUCACAAAUCUUUUAUCCGAAAAUAGGAUACUUGAAUGCUUUGGCGUUGGAACCGCUUGUAUAGUAAGUCCAAUCGAUUCCAUUGAAUAUUUAGACAAUGUUCUAUACAUUCCAACCAUGGAACAGAAGACACCGGUUUAUAAUCGAAUAUAUAAGACAUUAAAUGACAUACAAUAUGGACGAAUCGAACAUCCAUGGGCUGAUAUAGUUAAUUAAAAAUAUCCGUUUCCAUGUCCGCCAUUAUAAACUCAGUACCUACAUAAUAAAUAAACGAUUUACAGUCAAAACCAGUUAUAACGACAUUAUGGGAGACCUCAAAUUAUGGUCAUUUUAUCAAUCGAGGAUAGUCUAUGAAUGUUUCGAGGAAUUGAAUCGCCUGGCAUUGAAUAACACAGUCAGACUGAUCUGGAUACCGAACCACUCUGGUGUUUAAAGGGAAUGAAGCAGCGGACUCGUUGACAUGAGAAGAGUUAUCUCAAGAACUUGUCAUUCCCAUAGCAAAAUACUCCGUAAUUUCCUGAAUCAAGGAAUGUUUACGACAAGCCUAUUUUGAUUUUUGGGAUUUUGGGAACGCAG